UGUAAACAUUCUUUUGGAAACGGUUUAAAAAGAUUAUUUUAGGCACAAAAAACAAAACGUUUUGUUCUUUUAAUUAUAAUUUCAAGCACUAUAGGAAGAUUCUUCAAAAUGGUAAAACAAACUAUACAGAUAUUUGCCCGUGUGAAGCCAACGAAGGGAAAAUCAUGUUUAUAUCAAGUAGAUGAAGAUGAUGAUGGGGCUCCAAAAUUAACCUUCACGGUUCCUAAAGAAUAUGCCGAUGGUUUCAUCAAUAAUAAAAAGGACAAUUAUAAAUUCAGGUUUUCCAAAGUUUUUGAUCAAAAAACAACACAGGAUGAAAUAUUUGAAAAUGUUUCUAAACCGGUUAUUGACAAUGCACUACAAGGUUAUAAUGGUACAAUAUUUGCUUAUGGACAGACAGGUAGUGGUAAAACUUUUACUAUAACAGGUGGAGCUGAGCGUUAUGUGGAUCGAGGUAUCAUACCAAGAACAUUGUCAUAUAUAUUUGAUAAAGUUGAACAGUCAUCCGAUUUAACAUUCACUGUUCAUGUGUCUUAUCUUGAGAUCUACAAUGACAAUGGAUAUGAUUUACUUGAUCCUAAACAUGAAGCAGCAAAACUGGAAGAUUUACCUAAAGUAUCCCUUAUGGAAGAUUCCGACCAGAACAUACACUUGAAGAAUUUAUCCGUGCAUCAAGCUGCUUCUGAAGAAGAAUCUUUAAAUUUACUCUUUCUAGGAGAUACAAACAGAAUGAUAGCCGAGACUCCAAUGAAUCAAGCAUCAACACGAUCUCAUUGUAUCUUUACCAUUCAUCUAACAGUCCGAGAGACAGGGUCAGCUACAAUACGAAGAUCUAAAUUACAUCUUGUAGAUUUAGCAGGGUCUGAGAGGGUCUCUAAAACAGGUGUGAAUGGUGUUUUAUUAACAGAAGCUAAAUAUAUUAAUCUAUCUCUGCAUUAUCUGGAACAGGUUAUUAUAUCGUUAUCUGAUAAAGGGAGACAACAUAUACCCUAUCGUAACUCUAUGAUGACGUCAGUGUUACGAGAUAGUCUUGGUGGCAAUUGUAUGACAACUAUGAUAGCAACAUGUUCUGUCGAGAAGAAAAAUUUAGAUGAAUCUAUAUCAACAUGUCGAUUUGCUCAGCGUGUGGCUAUGAUAAAGAAUGAUGUUUUAUUAAAUGAAGAGUUAGAUCCAAAGCUAAUGAUUUUAAAAUUAAAACGUGAAAUACAGGAAUUAAAAGAUGAACUUGCAAUGGCAACCGGCGAACAAAGAACAGAACAAUUAACAGAAGAAGAAGUAGAAAGAUGUGAAGAGGCUGUCAGUAAUUAUAUCAAUGACUCGGAUCCAGAAGCUAUUUUAUGUGUGGGAGCCGACAUGAGAAAAAUUCAUAACUGUUUUAAAAUAUUAAAGAGUCGUAUAUCAGAGAGACCAAGCAGUAAAAAGAGUAAAAGUCCGCCAAGGGAAGCAACUCCUGUUGAUACCGGUCCUUAUAAUAAUUCAGAAAAUCAGAGAUUAAAAGAAUUAGUAUUACAGAGAGAUAAUGAGAUUAAUAUUUUGGUUAAUAUGUUAAAAAAAGAAAAGAAGAGAGCAGCAAGUAACAAACUGACUAACCUUAAUAGUGGGUCAAGGUCACCAGUAAGUGAAGACGGUGACAUUAAUGGACAUUUAAAAUCAUCCAGUAGACCAUCUUUGAAUGGGGAGAGAAAGAAUCAACGUAGAUUAUCCAGUCGACAGAUUCUAGAAGAAGAUGAAGAAGUUGUUACUACAAGUCGUAGAGAACGUGAAAAGUUAAAAUUACGACAGGAAAUGGACGAACGACGUAAAACUAAAAUAUUGGGAAAGAUGUCAAUGGGACGACAAGAAGCAUUUGAUCUGUUUUUACGAGAUUAUGAACAUAAUGAUGCAAUUGAGGAAAACAAAGCAAGAUUGAAAAAGAAAUAUUCUAAAGCUAAAUCAUAUGGUGAACAAUUGAAUCAAGCUAAAACUAAUAUCAAUCACCUAAAGAGUAAAAUAGAACAACACAGAAUGCACCUGGCUAUGAACGGAUUAACUGAUCCAGAUAAUCCUCAACCUGAUGAUGUAGAACAACAUCUACGAGAACAAAUGGAGGCAGAAAAGGAUUUAUAUAAAGAAACAUUCUCUAAACUAAAGAAUUUGAAAACAGAGAUUGAACAUCUACAACAUUUUCUAGAGAAGUCAAAAGUUAAAUUGAUGAAAGAUUUUGAAUUAUGGUGGGUAGAACAGAGCCAGAAUACACAGGAACAUGUCCCUCAAUCUGUCGCAGACAAUAAUGUAAAAACAGCCUGGAGAACACCACCACUGACUCCUUUACAACAUACCACAUCACAACGAAACUAUUCACAAGAAUUAAUAACUCCGUCCAGUUCUACUUCAUCCAUUUCUCAACCAUUAUUAUCAUCUAGGUCACGGAAUGACAUGGCUCGCAACAUCGCAGCUAAUUUAUAUUCAGCAGGAAAUGAUGUUACCAGAGAUUAUCAAUUACAUAAUUCAGUUAGAACCAGCCAAAAGUAUCAAACACCGUCCGGACUCAAUGAUGAUAUACCUUUAACAGGUGACCCAGAAGCAGAUGCAGAUAUCAAAGCUUUCAUUAAAGCCAGGCAAAAUCUUCUACAGAAAACUCAGCAAGGCAGCUGAUACUGCAAUAAAUAAAUAAAGACAUUUUUAGAUGUAAACACAUGCUUCAUUCACAGAGAAUAUAGCUCAUCCAAUGAACAAAUAAGCAUUCAUAAAAAAGGUGUUAGUUAAAGGUGCAUUAUGUAAGAUUUAGAUAAAGAGCUGGUCAUUCUUGCCUUGAUAUAAUAGUUCAAAAAUAGAUGAAAAGUUAUGAUUGUCUGAAAAUAUAAUGUAGAUUGUUUAUUAUCGUAACCCUAUACCCACUUGCAACAGCUUACGGUUUGUUUUUGUUUUUUUCGUUUGUUUUUUAGGACAAUAUUGGUGCCAGUCGUUAUCACAUAUUUGAUAGAACUGGUUAAACACAUUCCAAAUAUUAUUUUAACACAGAGAUCAUUGCUACGAUAGAAGCAAU